AUGCCCCUAUUUUACAUACUGCCAAAAAUUCAUAAGGAUGGCAUUCCAGGACGACCAAUAGUUUCAGCCGUUAACUCUAUAACUGAAAAUAUUUCAGAAUUUUUAAAUCUUUGUCUGCAACCUCUCCUAUCAAAAUUACAAUCCUAUGUAAAGGAAACAAAACAUCUAAUACAAAGGUUACAAACCAUACCAGCACAAAAUAAACACGUUUUACUUGUAUCAGCAGACGUAUCCUCACUUUACACCAAUAUCCCUCAACAAGAAGGAGUUGAUGCGUGUAUUCAUUUCAUUAGAAAAUACAGAAACACACUGCCUUCAUUUACACCCAAUGAACAUGUAAUACGAACGUUGUUUUCGUUUAUACUGGAAAAUAACUAUUUCAUGUUCCUAAAUGAAAUAUAUCUGCAGUUACUUGGCACAGCCAUGGGUACGAAGGUGGCACCACCAUACGCAUCAUUAUUCCUGGGUCUUUUUGAGCAGACGACAUAUUCUUCAUAUGGGAACAACAGUGAAGAAGAACUACACAAAUUUUUCAUAUAUCUAAAUUCAAUACACCCUACAAUAAAAUUCACCUAUGAAUAUUCAACAGAGGAAAUUAGUUUUUUGGAUACGACUAUCUAUUUAGAUAAACGCUCGAGAAAACUCAAAACCAAAUUAUUUAUAAAACCAACUGACAGCAGAGCACUAUUACAUUUUACGUCGUAUCACCCUCACCAUACCAAAAGGGGUAUAAUUUAUUCGCAAGCACUCCGCUAUCGCAUGAUAACAAGUCAAGAUAGCAUUUUAAAAUGUGAGCUCGAUGAACUUAAAAGUAUUUUGCUGACCAGAGGAUACAAAGGUCGGCUUGUUGAUGAAAUAUUCGAGAAAAUCGCCAAAUUAAAGCAAUCAGACGUACUUUCUAACUCCACGCACAAGUUUAAUAAAAAACGAAUACAUUUCAGAACCGCUGACAAUAGUGGUGAUGCUGACAGAGAGCAAAACAAAGAUAAACACAUUCUACCUUUUAUUUUACCUUACCACGAAAAAUUUACAACGCUUAAACGAAUACUACACAAGUAUUGGUUUAUAAUUGAGAGCGACCCUGCUCUGCGACUCGUUUUUCCAACCAAACCAUUCUUGACUUUCACCAAGCAUAAAAAUUUACAGGAAUAUUUAAUCAGAGCAAAGAUGAGAUCUGCUGACCACUGCCUUUCAUUAUAA